AUGAUGGCAGAUGUGGUUGGUGAAAAGAAUUUCGUGAUUGACAUUUCUACACCUGAAACACUUGAACGAGAUUUCUAUGCUUGGCUUUAUGGCGAUGAAAAAACAAGCGGUCGUCACCUGGAGCGUUUACCACCAAUCGACGAUUUAGCAUUUGGUAGCCGAGAUUUAUUUUCUUCACCGGAUGAUCUCUCUGAUGGUGGCUCAUUUGCUGGCAGUCCACCUUCUUCGACAUCAUCGGAGUCAAACGAUUAUCGAUCAUGUAGUGAAUCAGAACAACGCCGAGAAUCAGUUAGUUCAUGCCCCAGUCGUAGCUCAGGAACGAAUCAGCUAGGCCGUAUUUAUAGUCCUGGAUUACCUCUAUCGAUGAGCGAACGAGAGCAAAUUGUUAGCCUAUACAAGGGUGGCUGGAAAAUUUGUGAUAUAUCGAAACGUCUUUGCAUUACACACAGUUGUGUAUCAAAAAUUUUAAAUCGAUACAGGACAACAGGUUCAGUAAAACCAAAAGAUGCUAAAGAAGGUCGAACCGAAUCGCCGUUAGUAACGGCCAUUCGAGAUUAUAGAAUGCGAUUGGGUAUGAGUCGACAGGCUGAAAUUCGAGAACAGUUGAUUGCUGACGGAAUUUGUAGUCGUGAAAAUGCUCCGUCACGAUCAUCAAUUAAUCACAUAUUGAGAACGAAAUUGGACAUGAAGAAAAGAAGGAAACCCACCUGA